CACUCGCUCCGCGCCGCGCCUGCCGACGCUCGCCCCCACCCGGAGCCCGCCCCAACGGACAGCCGGAGACAGCGGCGAGUCGGAGUCACAGGAGGGCCCGAGUGGAGUCACAGCCAGGCAGAGUCGCAGGCGAGUCGGAGUCACAGGAAGGCCGGAGACGCGGACGAGUCGGAGUCACAGAAAAGACCGAGAUGGCCACGGCGGAGCCGUUCGAUGCGUCGCGGGCGUUGGACGGGGGAGUCGAAGCCGGACCGGGAAAGGCGGACUCUCCGCAGCCCACCAGGAAGUGUCUGUACAUCCUCCUGGCCGUCAGCGGGCUCAUCAUGCUGUCCUUGGCCGUGGCCGUGGUGGUGCUGCUCGCCACCGGCUCUAGAACCAGAGCCGUGCCCACCUUCUACACACAGGAGUCAAAACCACUGGUCAACAACACCAGUCAUAAACGACCCGCCAAGGGCGCGGCACCCAAGGUAAACCCAGCGACCAAAGCCAACGCGACCAAAAGCGGCGCGGCGUCUGUUACCAAGGCAACGGCGACGACUGUCGGCGGGCACCCCCAGUCGGACGAAUCCUCUGGCAUGCUGCUCCACACUACCAUCAUGCCGGCGCCGGUCACGCAUGCGCCCCGCAAGCUGCCGACAGCGACGACCACGGAACCGGUCCCCGUCAAGCCCCAACGGCCUGCGGUGGUUCCCACCCGGUCCCAGCCGACAGCCGCGGCCCCGGCAGGGUCCAGUCGCGGAACGACCGAGCAAUCGGCCAACCUUACCCAAACGACGGCCCGGCCAAAGAUGGCCGCCAACGGCACCAGACAGCCGGGCGGGGCGCGUUUCCGGUCGGUGGUCAGCAGUUCUAGCUCUGCGACAACGGUCAACAACGGACGGCCGCAAAUCAGGACAGUAGAGGAGACGGUGCGGGACGGUCAGGGUGUGCGGCGUAUCUUCGAGGUCGGCCCGGACGGCCGGCCGCGCACGCGACAGCAGACCUUCUCCGUCCCGGGCGCGGCCGGCUCGGGUGCUCCCGGCGGUCUACCGAGUGUUCCAGGAGGUCCGCCGAGAGUCCCCGCUGUUCUGCCGAGCGUCCCCGGCGGUCUACCAAGCAUUCCCGGCGGCCCGCCGGGCGUCCCCGCUGUUCUGCCGAGCGUUCCAGGUGGUCCACCGAGCGUCCCCGGCGGCCCGCCGGGCGUCCCCGCUGUUCUGCCGAGCGUCCCCGGUGGUCCGCCGGUCCCUGGCGGCGGUCUGGCCGCUGAGGUGGAGAAACGGCGCCGGCGGAUCGUCGAGGAGGCGCGCCGCCGCUUCGAGCAAGCGCGCCGCACCAUCCAGAGCUUCAGCCGGCAGACCGACCUAGGCUUCGGCCAGCCGGUGUACUGGGGCUCCUAGCGCUGGCCCGGGACACUCGCGCUCCUGCGGGCGGCAGAGAACGCAAAUUUGACUGUUCGGCUUCGGUCGGCCUGGAUUUUGGAAAUAUGUUUUUAGCUUGCACGUUUUGAUCUAGUUUGUAAGGUGAGUCACUGCAUGUUCAAAUGUCUGGCUGGUAGCAAUUGGAACAUUCUGGGAAACUACACCAGCUUCACGACAGCGAGAUACCAAUAUAACUAAAACAGGGACGAAAUGACUAAAUAGCGCAUGUGAAUUAGCAUAAUCGCAAAACUAUUACGUAGGACUGAAACAUGGACCAGAAGUGUACAAGUGUUUAAUUCGCGUAUGCUUAAACAUUAUUCAAUAAACAUUGCACCUCAACAUCAGCAAUUAAUAUUUGACUUCUCGCA